UGAUGUUGCACUUGAUCAGGAUCGAAUAUUAUUACAAGUUUGUCAAUUAACCCUUGCUUUCUUAAUAAAACAUUUGUACAUACAAGUGAAGAUUAAAACAAGUUAGAUGGAACCUAACAUCAUUCUUAUCGGACAGUAAUGAUGCCAUUUCUUAUUUAUACACAAAGACAAAGGAGGGUAAAAAACUAACAAUUAAUGGAUUUAGAGGGCUAAGUAAAGCAAGAGAUAAUCACUCUGUAUUCAAAGAAGAAAUCUUGAGAAUUUUAUUGAAUGUUUCAAAUAAUGGACAAAUAAUACCUGAUGAGUUAAUUGACAAACUUGUAAUAAUAUUCGAUCCUGAUCAAGUGCAACAUCACUUAAUUGAAAUUUUUGAAAAUUUAGUUGAAAAUAAUCAAAAUAUUUCAACUGAACUUUCAUUAAAAUUAGAGGAAACAUUGAAAAAUCCACUUAUUUGCGAUCAAGUUCUAUCCAUUUUUGUUCUUCAUUCACAAAAAGGUAAUAAAUUAUCAAAAAAAAUCUUUAUUAAAAUCUUAGAUAUAUUUUCAAAUAUAAAAAAUCCAUUUAUCAUGCAAGAAUAUUUGUCCGUUAUUUGUUCAUUCAUCCAAGAGAAAGAGAAUUUUGAACAGGAAUCGAAAAAUGUAUUUGGCCGAAUUUUUAAAUUUUUUAGUACCAGUUUAAUUUCUCGUAUCCAAACAGCUUUAAUUUAUACUCUUAAAAAAGGUAAUCAAAAUGUUAUUCAUACAAGUCUGAGUGGAUUUAAAACACUUAUUUCACUUCACAAAGUAAAACUUGAAAAGAAAAGCAUAGAAGCUCUAUUAAGUCUAGCAACAAAGGUCAUUUGUGAUGGAAAUAUCAAAGAGGAAAUUAACAUGAUAUUAGAUGUUUCUAAAUUAGACGAGAAUCAGAAAUGUAUACUUAAACUCUGUAAUCUAAAGUAUAAUUCGAACGAACAAUUACUAGAUAGAUUAAUUGAGUUUGAUAAGCCUAAAUUACUUGAGCAAAAUUUCGAUCAAAUAAAUUUCAUAAUUGAUAAUUGUCCAGAGUUAAAUAGUAAAGCAUUGGAAACUUUACUGAAAUGUUCGAAUAAGGAAGAUAUUCCAGAUAAAUUGUUAGACAGUAUUGGUGUUUUACUGGCUAGUAGUAUCUCAUCAACGAUAAUAUCAUCAUGUUGUCGGUUACUAGCUGAAACUGCUAAAACAGGAAGAAAAUUUACGAAUGAAAUUAUAUCAAUUGUUGCCGCCGCUCAAGAUGAAAAAGAAGGAUCAAUACAUAUAUUAGAAUUAAUUUCUAAAAAUCAAUUGAUUUCAAAAGAAUUACAAGAUAGAAUACAUUUAUUUUCACAAAUUGAUCGUAUGAUGAAUAUGAAUCCAACGAGUCUUGGUGAAUUUCUAAAUAGAAUCCGACAAGAGUUACACGAAGGUCUAAAAUUGUCUAAUCAAUUAAUUGAAAAAAUACUUUCGAUUAAAAUUCCAACGAAUAAUAAUAAUCAAAAUUUCGAACAAGAUUUAAUCGAUAUUUUUGCCUUAGUAUUAAUACAAAAUCCGAGUUAUUAUUCUUCACAACCAUCGAUAGUCGAUAGUUUAGAGAAAGCCAUUUUAUCUAAAAAAAUAAAUAAAAUUAUUCUAAAUGUAUAUCAGGAAGUUAUUAAAGUAAAACAAUGUCAAACAAAUAAUUUUCCUAAUGUAUUAAACGUUUUCAUCGACAUUUUAGAUCAGAAUGAGAAAUAUAUUGAAUUCCAUUUUGACAUUCUUGUAUGUAUUGUUCUAGCAUUUGAAAUUAUAGGAAUUUCAAAAUUAGAACCUUUAGAAAGUAGACUUUUCAGUAAUGAUGAAAUAAUUCGGAGUUGGUCAUUUCGAGGUUUAAGAGCAGCAUAUGAGAAUGGUUAUGAAUCUGUAAUAUUCCAAGAAUGGUGUAAUAAUAUUAUUGAUAAUCUAGAAAAAGAUAUUGGUACUAAAGUUGAUCGAGAUUUAGAUUUGUUUGAAACUAUUGCCGCAUUAAAAUAUGUCGAUUUUACAAAAAUUCGUGGUAAAUCACAAAAUCAGUGGAAUAGAGAACUGUUAAUUUUUGAUUUAAUCGAAAGAUUCAAAGUAAACGAAGAAGAACGUUUUCAUUUUUAUAAAACUUGGCUUAAAAUUGAAGAACAUGAAGAAUUUGAGAAAGGCCAAAGUGACAUUUUACUGAAAUUAUUACAUCGUAUUCUGUUAAAUAACACCAUGCCGUUUAAUCAAUGUUAUGACGCAAUAAAAAUUUUAGACACAAUUGACUUUGAAGAUGCUCGCCAUGUCUUAUCGUAUAGUAGGAAUCCAUGUCUAGAUUUGCAGAAAAAGUGUCUAGGAAAAUCGAUCUAUCAACGCUUAUUGAACAAAAAAGACGUUAAUAGUAAAUAUAUUGAUAAUCUAGCAUCGAAUAUGAUUUCGAAAUUUGGCUUGGAUGUUAGCCAUAAACUUUUCGAUGCCAUAAAAAAUAUAGAUAGUUUAAGAGAAUUUGAAAAUAUUUUGAAUUUUGCUGAAAAAAAUAAUAUCAAAAUAUCUGAUAUCUAUGUUAAAGAAACAACAAUAUCAAUAUUGAAAAGAUCGUUAGAGAUAAAAUUUUUGGGCAAUCAAAUUAAAAAAGCUGACCGAAGGAAAUUAGCUGUUCACCUUGAUAAUUUAUUAGAUAAAAGUUGGACUUUUGAACAAUUAAAUGUUAUUUUUAGCAAUCUAGUAGUCGCCUCUAAUAGCGUAGAGAACGUAAAAGAGCGAAAUUUUGUUUAUGUUCUGGAAAUAUUAUCACAAUAUAAAAUUCCUCCUACGCGAAAAAAAUCAAGAAAAAGUUUUCCUAGCUCUAGCGGAACCGACAGAGAGUUGGCUUCGAGAAUUUUCGAUAAUAGUGAGCAGUAUAAGUCCUAUCCAAAGAGUCAACAUUGGUCAAUUUAUAUCGCUCAAUGGACACAAGAUCAAAUUCGACUGUGGGCCAAUAUAGUCAAAAUGAACGCUCAUACUUGUACGAAUACAGAAAAUUUAAUCAUAGAAAGUCUCGCAGUAAUAAAGCAAGCAAAUUAUUUAGACACCGGAUUUCAUCUCACCGAUACUCAAAUUUUAAGCUGUUUAGUUGCUUUAAAUCCAAAGAGUGAUAAAGGAAAAUUACUACAAGUCGAAACUGGUGAAGGUAAAUCAACGAUUAUAAGUGUAUUAGCUGUAAUUCAUGCUUUAAAAGGAGAAAAUGUAGAUAUAAUUACUAGUUCGCCUAUACUUGCCGAAAGAGAUUCAAAAGAGAAAGCAAAAUUCUACCCAGCAGUUUCACUAUUAUUAUUUCGAAUAUUAAAACGAUGUUCAUCUGCAGUCAAUUUGAAAAUACCUCGCGUGUGUAUCACUGGAGCCUCAGGUGCUGUCGGUCAAAUUGUUGGACAACUGGCUAAGCGUGAAGGUCUGAAAGUGAUCGGGUCAGCUGGGUCGGACGAUAAAGUUAAAUGGCUGGAAAAAGAACUUUCCUUCGAUCAUGCUUUCAACUACAAGACAGCUGAUCCGAAAGCAGAACUCGCCAAAUUUAAUGCACUCAACAUCUAUUUCGACAAUGUGGGUGGUGAUCAACUUGAAGCAGCCCUCGAUGCAGCAGCCAAUCAUGCUCGAUUCAUUGAAUGUGGUAUGAUCUCACAAUACAAUGAACCUGGUGCUCAUGGUAUUCGAAAUCUCAUGCACAUUGUCGCCAAACGACUCAAACUUCAAGGUUUUAUCAUCUUGGGCAAAGCGACUGAUCCGGAUUUUCAAAAAGAUUUCUACUCAAAAGUUCCGAAAUGGAUUGCAAGCGGCGAACUCAAGGUCAAGGAAGAUGUGACGAAAGGAUUGGAACAAGCUGCUGAAGCGCUCGUUGAAUCCAAAUUCCAGCACGAAGAUGAUAGAAAAGUAUUGUCAGUCGUAUCGGUUAAUGAUAGCAGACGUGCGCGAUUACAAUUACAAAAUGUAAAGUUCAAACAUUGUUAUUAUCUGUAG